AUGCAGUGGCUGCCAGGUGACCCCCAGAAAAGAGGAGGUGAAGAGGUGACCAUGUGGAUCCCGACACCGAGCAUGACCCUGCCUCAGCGGCUGGUUCUGUACGGGACCUGCAUUGUGGCGCUGAUGAACUCUGUGGGCCUGCUGGUGCUGCUGGUGCGGCAGAAUCAGCAGGAUGCCAGGCUGGAGCUGACGGAGGCGAGGCUGGUGCAGGUGGAGCAGAGCUCGGUGGUGGAGUUCCUCCAGGAGGUGCCCAGGGGAGCGGCCGGGCUACGGGCAAACCCGGGACAACCUCCACAGUACCAGUACUCCAGAAACAAGAGGAGCGAGGAGCUGGAGAAGGAGCUGGAGAAGGAGCUGGAGAAGGAGCAUCAGCAGGAGGUUCGGCAGGAGGAGGAACCUACACUCUAUCCGCAGGAGGUCAGCCAGGAGGUCAGCCAGGAGGUGGGAGAGGAGGCAGAGAAGAAGAUGAAGAAUGAGCUGAAGCACAAGCACCGACACAGCCAGAGUUACCACAAGGCCCAUGUGCAGGACGACAUGAUGAUGAUGAUGACUUACUCCAUGGUCCCGAUCAAAUUGUUGAUCGACAUUUGCAACAGCACCAAAGGAGUCUGUAUUGCCGGACCCCCAGGACCCCCUGGUUUGCCCGGUGCCGACGGUUUGCCAGGCCACAACGGCACUGAUGGCAUCCCGGGACUGAAUGGACAGCCCGGGGCUGAUGGGAAAAGAGGGAAAAAAGGCCCACCAGGUGAGACAGGAGAGCCGGGUGAGAAAGGAGAGCGAGGAGAGUCUGGUCCGACUGGAGAGCAGGGACAACCGUCCAAUGACGUCAUUAUUGAGGGUCCUCCUGGUCCUGCUGGUCCUCCAGGGUCUCCUGGGCCCGUGGGCCCUGCUGGACCUCCUGGACCUCAAGGGCCAUCCAGGACAAGGCAUCACAGAGCCCACCUCCAGGCAGCUCACACCCUGGGGCUUUUACACGCAAUUCCAAACGAUGGAACUUCGACUGUGAAGGAGGCUGGGAAACGACAGGAGGAACCCACCAAGAGGAACGAGUGUCUGAUCAAGUCUCUGAUCAACCCCAGGAACGUGACAAAGAUGGAGACCACCUUCGGCACCUGGAUGAAAGACACGGCUCAGAUGAACGAUGAGCGAAUAUGGGUGGCAGAGCACUUUUCAGGCCGCGUGGUGAAGGAGUACGAGAGCAUCGCCUCCUUCCAGAGCGACACCAGUGACCUUGUUGAUGUCAGGAAGUUCUAUCAGGGCUGUGGUCACACAGUUCACAACGGAUCCUUCUAUUAUCAUAUCGCUGGUACUUCCAGCAUCGGCAGAUUUGACCUUCACACCAAGAGGCUUCACACUCUCACCAUAGACAACGCUUUGCACCACAGCCUGGCCUACCUGCUGCUCAACUCCAAGACCUACUUCAAACUGGCGGCGGACGAGAACGGCCUGUGGCUGAUCUUCGCCUCCAGCACGGACGAGAGCAUCAUGGUGGGCCAGCUGGACGAGAAGACCUUUUCCGUCACCACCUACAUAAACACCACCUACCCCCGCACCAAGGCCGGCAACGCCUUCAUCGCCUGCGGGGUCCUGUACGUCACCGACACCAAGGACACCAGGGUCUCGUUUGCGUUUGACCUGCUGAAGGGGAAGCCGGUCAACAUGACCUUUGACCUGAGGCCUGCGGGCGGAGUGCUGGCGAUGCUCUCGUACAGCCCGAAGGACAGACACCUGUACGUGUGGGACCAGGGCUACGUCAGGCUCUACGUGGUGCACUUCAUCUCGGAUGAGUGA